AUGGUGACAACAAGAUCCCAGGAAAAGAGGAUACAGGAAACUCCCACAUCAUCCGCCUCACAGAACGGCCGGUCACUCUUCACAGCUACACCGACGCCGUCGGGCAACAGCCCAAGCUACUUCACUCCAGCAACAUCAAAGCCCGCCCGCACAUCCACCUUCCAUGUCUUGUCGGACGAUGGGCGGCGGAACAUUCUUAAAGACACGGUCUCUCAACAGAAUGGCCCGUCUCUUGAAGCAGACGUCCCUCGUGGCCAGCAUGUCGAGGUUGUGAUCCCGAAACAGUCACAGAAGGGAAACGCCGCUAAUGGCCAUGAUUUCCCUGUGAAAGGUUCGCCAGCCAAUGGUGCAAGGAGCUCUCCCGUCUCUGGUGCAAAAUUACUUUCCGACAUGAACGCCGAGCUCCCUGAACGUCCAAAAGCCACAGAAUCGUACUUCACGCCCAUGACUACGAAUAAACGCAAACGCUUCGACAGCGAGGGCCUCGACGACUCGACUUUCGACCUCACAGGUCUGCAGGAAGAGACGCCGAGCCAGCCCGGCGGUGUGAAUCUGGAGGUACCCGACACUGAUGGAGAAAAUGAUGCGCCCGAGGUUCUCAGCAGCAAGGCGGCCGCGCGACAAGUUCUGGGCUCAGCAAAUCCGUUCUCACGAAGCUCGAGAACGAAGAAGAACAAGACGGCCAAGGCCCCGGAGGCCAGUGUGACGCCGUCGGAGUCGGGAGCUGUUUCGCCGCCUGUAGAAGUACGGGUGGAGAAGGAAACAGAUGAAGCUGGACCUUCAACGCUUGCGGUGACGCAGACGACAGAAUUGAGUCAGAAAGAUCCGGUAGCGGGGUCUACCGAAAUCGGAACGACGAAUCGAGGAGACGACACGGUCGAGGAAUUGCCGGCGGCGACAGCGACUUCACCUGGACACGCCCCCGGAGACACUGCAAAUGACACGACCGACAAUUCUACGGGUAACCCGAACACUCCACUGAACGCCGGAUUAGCUACCAAAGAAGAAGAAGUUUUGCAGGCACUUCCCGAACCAGAUAUGUCCGCUGCUGGAGUCGUCGAAGCACAUACCUCGAAGGAGGAUCACGCAUCCCAUCAGGUGGUCAACGACGAAUCUCCAGCUUACAUGUACCCUGUAUUCGACGCCGUCCACGAUCCCACGGACACUUCGGCCAUACUGCCCGAGCAGAAGGCGACAUCACCCGAAGAACCGAUCACAACAAUUGCUGCGAGCACAAUCGCACGAGCUCCAGAGAAGCCCAUCGCGGUCGCCAGCAUCAACCGAUGUGAAGGAACCCAUCCGGGGUCCGUGAAAACUACAACCUCCUCUACCAGAACAAGACCGAGACAGCCUCGACUGCAGCCUCGACUCCCGGACGUCAAGCCGAAGAUGACCUCGCUUCAAGAAUACCGUGGAAGACUUAUGAACCGACAUACGCGGACGACGAAAUGGCAACGGAAAGCCACGUUUGUGAAUGUCUGA